AUGCAAAUAGAUCUGUAUAUGUUGUUCCAGGUUGUGAGCGACUCUGGCGUGCCUGCCAGGAAGGCUCGAGGCGCUCUCAAACCUGGUUUUUUGAAGAAUACUAAGGGGGCAAUCUACGGUGAACGUGGAAGCACUGAAGGGGUUCUACCGGAGAAUGCUGGCGACCCUAUGGGAUGGCUACCGAAGAAGUUGAGACAAUCCUGCAAGAUUGUUGAUACGGCCUCAACUCAACAGAACACUCCGGCGGCGGUGCCUCAAGAGCACCAGAAAAUGCAAAAAGAGCUCGCGGAGAUUUUCGAUAGACAGUCGUACAACUCAAUGUGGGCGGAAGAUGUACCACAGAAGAACGUUGAACAGAAGGAGGAGCCACAAGUGAGCAUGGAGACUAAGAACGGCCAGCUGGUGUGCACAAUUGCACCCAGCACUACGCAUCCUGAUCCCUCGAGCCUCGAUAUUGAGCUGUGCUCUCAAAUGAUUCGUGUUGAUGGGCGAGAACUGCCGAUACCAGCCACUGUGGAUGAAACCAAGGCCAAGGCUAGGUACAGCAAGAAGCGAAACAUGAUUACUGUCACUGCGCCAGUUGUGUGA